AUGACGACCCGGCUCUCCACGGGCCGGCUCCCCAGCGCUCUCCAGACGGCGACUCACGCCGUUAGCCUCCUGGAGAAUGACCCACUCUACAACAGCGGCCACGGUGCCGUCUUCACGCGCGACGGCACCAACGAGCUGGAGGCCUCAGUCAUGGUCUCGCGCGGACACAAGAAGCGCGCCGUCGGCGUGUCGGGCGUGCGCCGCGUGCGCAACCCCAUCCUCCUGGCGCGCGCCGUCCUCGAGAACGGCGAGGACGACCUCGAGGUCGCCGCCGGGCGCCCCGACGUGCCCUCUGCCCAGGGCCACGGACACCUGCACGGCGACGAGCUGACGGCGACGCUGGCGGCGCGGUACGGACUCGAGACGGUGGCGCCAGCUUACUUUUUCACGCAGAGGCGGUGGGACGAGCACAUUGAGGCGCUGCGGCGCGAGGACCGCGAGGGCGCCGUGGCGGCGACGUGGAGCGACAAGGCAUUUCUGCCGCAGGGGACCGGCGGCUCGACGACGGUUACUCGAUCUUUCGCUGGGUCUGGAACCGGCAAUGGGGACUCGUUUCUGCGAAUUGCCGCGUUGCACUCCGUGGUGUCUCGUGCACAGUGGAAGCGGGAGUCCAGCGCGAAGGCGUUGUCGGCUAUUGCAGGCCCCAGGGGUGAGCUGCAGAAGAGCGCAGGUGAUCGUUGGGGUCGCACGGGCGAGGGGCAGGGCGGCAUCAUCGGGAUCGAGUUGACUGUUGUGCGCGGGCCGCAGGGCGAUGUCCUCAAGACGCGAUCAGAGGUUCUGCAGGACUACAACUGUGCCGGCAUGUUUCGGGCAUGGCUUGACGACGAUGGAAGGAGCCAUGCGGAGGUCUGGCGCGGUGACUCGGCUGUAGAAGCUCACCUCGAGAGCUUGGAAGAGUACUGCCGCACGGCUCGUGGCCAACGGCGCGGCGCAGACGAGCGCCUGACGCCACUUCUCUGCCAGCGCCAUCUGCAGGGCCUCCCAUAA